AUGACGUUACUGACUGAAACCUUCAAGAUGAUGAAAGUCAUAAUCCUCGCCUUAGCAUGUAUCUGCCUGACCUCUGCCUUUGCCAAACCCAUGAUCGGCUAUGGAUACGGUAAAAUGGGAGGCUUCGGAGGCUGGGGCGGCCUUGGAGGCUGGGGCGGAUACGGCGGCUUCGGAGGCUGGGGAGGAUACGGCGGCUUCGGAUAUGGAUAUCCAAUGUACAGCGGAUUCGGCUAUGGAGGUUACGGCUAUGGCUAUCCAAUGUUCGGCGGCUACGGUUACGGCAAAAAGAUGAUGUACUAUUAG